ACAGGGUCACGUAAUAGUGACAAAUCCCCGUAGUGUGGCGGACCUUUGAAAGACACCGACGCACGAAGACACAUCAAUAGAAAAUACAUCAUGAAGACGGUGUUAGUUCUACCAGUUUUCUUCUGUUUAGUGAACAGUGCACCAAAAUUAAGGCUUACACCCCAAUUCAUAGCACCGCCUUCUUUACUGACGUUGCCCAGUAACGCCACUAGUAUAAGAACUGAUAUCAGUGACUCAUUUCACUGUGAAGGAAGAGACUAUGGAUACUAUGCUGACGUAGAAAAUGACUGCCAACUGUUCCAUGUGUGCUUGCCAGUGACGUACUCAGAUGGAAGAAAUCAAACUUUCAGGUGGAGUUUUAUCUGUCCGGAGGAAACAGUUUUCAACCAGGAAAUGUUCACAUGCACUAGAGCAGAUGAAGCCAUUGAUUGUGCAGAAUCACCUCGGUUCUACGAGCUGAACAGAAACUUCGGCAGCGAAGAAAUUAUUGGAGAAGUCAUAGAUUCUGUUGUACCUUCGACGCCAGAACCUCACUACCUUGAAGAAGCUACCGCCUUACCAGACGUUCCUCAAGGUCUUGGCAGAAACCUUUCCAAAAGAGGAGGAAAUAAGCCAGAUCUAAAAAAACAAUAGAAAUAUUAGAAUUUUAAAUUUUUGAUAUAAAGUUCAAGCUGAUAUGUUAUUUAUAAUUGUGGCGAAAAUCAAUACGAGCAAUAGUUUUUGCUUAUAUCAAGGUACUAAAUCGGUAUUUUGCUUCGUCGUUUUAUCUUAGUUAUAUAUUUUUUACAGCUUUAUCCAUUUUACUACCUCUUCAAAUGUAAUAAUCUAGGUCAUGCUAGGUUAGGUUUGGUAUGAGUGGUUGCUUAACAAAUAUUCUACUCGAUCUAAGAGGUCUAUUGUAGCUGAUCCCUAAGUUAAAGUUAUCCCUUCAGCGUAGCCUUUUUAACAAAGUCUAUUAUGGCCUUGGAUGACACUUCUACAAAGUCGUAGGGCUCGGUUUGAUAAUGCUCAAAUGUAUUGAGCCUUAUUCUAUCCAACCCUGGGCAGUUAAACAAAACGUGUUCUAACGUCUCGUCAUCAGCAUGACAGAAUCUGCAAUUCGCACUCUCUGUCAGUCCGAUUUUGUUUGUGUGUUCCUUAAGGUAACUGUAUCCUGUUAGGAGGCUUACAAUAAAUCGAAGAUCAAUCCUAUUCUUAUCUGGUAGAUCUCUGGAUCUCUUCUUCGAAGGUUCAUUUAUAAAGGACCCAUUGGUUCGUAUUAGUAGUUACUUUUCAUCUAUUUAAACCAGUCUGAUAUUAUUAUUUUAGAGAUGGUUGGGAUAGUCGACAUCGCUUCUGUUACGAUUAAGCACGCUUGUCGUUGAAGCUUAUUCAGCUUCUCGUUGGAGGUCUUUUGAUGGACUUUAGAGGACCAUAUUAGUGCCCCUAAUCAUUGAUCUGACUAAAGUCAUCUGUUAUCAAGGCAGUACAUCUGUUCGGGUUUCACAUCCCGUGUUUUCCCACAGAUCCUUCGUAAUAAUCUAAUUGCAUCUCUUUUAUUUCAUUAUAUUUAGUUAUUGACAAAGGGUCAUUGUACAACCUCCGUCAACAACUUUCUUUUAUUCUGUGGCAAACAAAACUUUAGAUAAAAUAUCACGGUUAUGUCUCAUCUCUCUUCCUUCGCGACAGUCUACCAAGUCCUUAUACUUCUGGUGUUUGUUUGAAUACUUCGUAAACAUUGUCUGAAAACUUCUUUGUGAAACUGUAUUUUAUCGGACCAAUCCAUCAACAAAGAAAAUAAAAAGAGGAUAUAAGAUUAUAAUGAUUAUAGUCAUUAUAAUCUGUUAAGCUUACCUGUAGAGUUUCGAUCUGUACAUAGCUUAUUUUGCGGAUUUUCUUAAGUUUCUUUCGUAAUUCUUCUAGGAUCUAAAGAAUUAAGUGUAAAUCUUGCAAUUUAUUUUCGUUCACAGCAAAAUAUAUGUGCAACUUAAAUGAUUAAAAAUACUAUAGAGAUAUCAUUUCCUGUUAAACAAAUAUAUAGAAAUAUUCUUCUACGAGACAUGAAUGCCUAAUCAGCUUGAAUUGAUUAUUUCUACGUACAUUACCCCGAUGGCAGUGUUUCAUAUAAUAUAAGACUGUUAGCAAUAGUAUUUUUUAAGAAAAUAACCAAUUUUGAAUUGUUUCUCAUACAGACUGUUAAUUUUGUAUCAAUAUAUUUUAAAAAAUAUUGACUAAUUUUAGAUAAACGAAGGUGAUUGUACAAUAGGUUUAUUGAAUUCUGCCAUCGCGUGGGUAUUUCUAGCUUUAGCAUUCAAAUAUUGUUUUAAGCUUUAUUUAACUUAUAAAUUAUACAUUUUUGACAAAA